CAUACAUACACACAUAUUGAACAUUAUUUAAAAAUGGUUGCCAGUACUGAUGCUCAAAAGAUUUGUAAGCAAGUCGAAUUCUAUUUCUCUGACUCCAACUUGCCUUAUGAUAAAUUUUUAUGGACUCUCCGUGCCAACACUCCCGAAGGCUGGAUUCCCAUUGAGACCAUUGCUAGUUUCAAAAAAAUGAAGAUGAUUACCGAGGAUUUAGAGGUAGUUGUCAAGGCUUUAAAGGAGCAUGAGAGUGAGAUUUACGAACUUGAUGCUGAAGCCAAGAACAUUAGAAGAAAGUCCGAAGUUGUUCAACAAGACCAUGCCGUGCGUUCCAUCUAUAUCAAGGGUUUACCUCUUGUCGAUAUCGAUGCUAAAGAUCCCGUCGCUGAACUUUUCUUGCUUCAAGAUAAAAUCGAUGAUCUUUUCAGCGAACAUGCCAAGGUUCUCUGUGUCCGUUUAAAGAAAACCAAUGAUCGUCCCAAGAAGUUCAAGGGAAGCGCUUAUGUCGAAUUUGAAACUGCUGAAGAGGCCAAGAAGGUCGCUGAAUUAAAACAAGUCGAAUUAGAUGGAAAGACAAUUGAGAUUUUAUACAAGCCUACCUAUCAUGAAAUGAAGGCUGCCGAAUAUAAGGAUGCUCCCUCCGCUAACCGUCCCAGAAACUUUUCUUUCAAUGCUUUCAAACCUCAUGCUGAAGCCAAGUUCGCUGGUAACAAGAGAAAGAGUGCUGGUUUCUCUAAGGCUGAACCCAAGAAGGCUAAGGUUGUUGAGGAGGCCAAGCCUGUUGAGGCUGCCCCCGCUGCUGCUGUUGCCACUGAGGAGGCCAAGCCUGUUGAAGCUGCUGCCCCUGCUGUUGAAGAGACCAAGCCUGUUGAGGCCGCUGUUGUUGAAGAGACCAACUAGAUACAUUUGUAAUUAAGAAAAAAAAAUGAUAAUAAAACAUGUGCCCUUUUUUUUUUAGCAUCCCAUA